GGCAAGAUCUACAAUUUUGGUACUUGGUGGUGUUAUAUACUUAGUCUGCUAAUCCUGCUAGCAGUAUGUUCCGUUAUGUGGGAAAUUAUUUGACGUAGCUGCUGUCCAUGUGCUGUCGAUGUGGUUAAAUUGAAGAUGACGCAACUGAAAUGAAUUAAGGAAAGGAAGAUUAUUUUGAGAGCUUUUUAAACAAGUGUGACGGACGAAUGAUACGGAUUCGUUCGUCGAAUCCUCAGCGGGCUCGUCAACCUCAAGGCCCACUUGUUUCAGUCUCGACGUUGACUCGUCUGUGACGUGGCAAGUAUUGACUCGACUGUGCGAAGUUCCCUGCUAUCAGAAUGUCUGAUUCAGAAGACGGGAGCGGAAUGGGUCACGAAACCGAAGAGCGCGAGACUAUUGCUCCAUCUAUCCCGAUCGUUGAAGGGAUUGAAGUGCAGACCACGUCGUCAUGUAUAGCUAGUAAGAAUGGGCCAAAAUCCCGAAAAGCGCAAUGCAAGAAAACCAAAACUUCAAGUGAGAAGAAGUCGGCGAAACCAACAGUCAAGUACGAGUGUUCGUUGUGCGACUUUGAAACGACGAAUAUCGUUAAGCAUUUUGCCCAUAAACGUCAACAUAGACAAAUGAUGAAUGGUAAAUCCUACAAAUGUACUCUAUGCAACUACGCCUGCAAGGUGAAAGGUGGCCUCCAGAGACAUGUCAAGAGAGUUCAUACCAAGGAGCGUCCAUUCACUUGCCCUGUUUGCAGCUUCCGUACUGUGGACAAGCCUUCCAUGGCCAACCAUAUCAUUGGCAAACAUACGGAAGAUUUUGGCGCAGAUGUUUCAAUGUAUGUUAAUUGCAUUAGAUCGAACUUGAUUCAAGUGGAUGAGGGUAGCUCAGUUGAGCUGAAAGAUAUUGCGCCAAACGAAGCCCCGAAUGAAGAUGUCAUUGAAACUGAGGAGGGACCCCUUACUACUCUUAUGGGCGAAGGGGGGAUAGACCAAGGUAAGCUUUCCAGCAACGACUCGGGUAUAGUUCUUGACAAGACAAGUUCUAAAUUGGAGUGUUUUCCAAAUAAAUCUGAAUCGGAUCCUAAUGAAUCUGAAUUAACAAGUGAACAAAAGCAGUUGUCUAGCUCUGUUUCAACCAAAAAGAGGACAACAUAUUCUGUCAUGAAUAGAAGAUUAUACAGCACUCCUGAGUAUAGGGAGAUGAGAGCUCGAAAGCUAACUUGUGAAUUUUGUCAAAAACAGUGUAGUUCUCAGCGCAGCCUCCUAUCACAUUUUAAUGAACAUAAGAACGAGGAUGUUUUCUGCCCAAUUUGUCACAUGUUCAUCGUUGACUCUGAAUGCCGCAAAGCCCACAUCGACAAUCAUCUUGAUUUAGAUAACCGCUAUUUAUGCGCCACAUGUUUGAGCACGUUUCCCGAAGAAUCACAGGUGAUAGCUCAUCAACAACGCGAUCACCGCAAGUCUAUCAACGUUGUAAUGGAGUGCAUGUUUUGUCCUUUCAGCAGUCGGUCCCAAGAACGAUUCUCCAGGCAUAUGACGCGCUGUCACAUGUUUGCAUCAGAUGUUCAUAAGCACAACGUUUUCGAUGUAUUUAAAAUGAAAAUAAUGCUUUCGGACAUGAAGAAAAAUCGAACAAAAAUUCCAGUCGAAGCGGAACUGUUAGCCGCGAGCACAAGCGACGAAGGUACACAUUUUUCGGAAAGAACUGUUGUUGAAAAAUCAUUCGGAAUUCCUAAAAUGAAAGAAGAGGCAUUUGCUAUUGGAGAUGAUGAAAAUAGUGACAAAUGUGCCGAUGACGACGAUCUUGGAUCUUCAUUUCUUGAUAUCAGUGCAAAUCUGGAAGAGUCUCUAGACGAUCUCGAAAAGCUUUUGGACGAGAGUCAAAUCCUAGAUUUGGAUCCAAUCAAAAAUUGUCAAACAAAGGGUAAAAUGCCAGAGAAAAAAGAAGAGAAGUUAGAGAACUAUGCACAGUGUAAUAGAAGUGAUUUGUCAUCACCGUCCGACGGCAUUUCUUACGAAUCUCGUGGCGUAGCCGAUGGUAAAAAUUCCUUGGGUGAAGUCUUCUCAAGCUCUGUAUUGGACCUGAAAAUCGAAUCGACAAUGAAAUCUUCAAGCCUUAGCUUAACAGGCCAGAUGCGUGAUCUACCAAUCAGCGAGUUCAACGUGCCUCUCGAAUUGCUAAAGGAGUCGGUAGCUAUCGCUGCCAGGAUUCCACGUGUCAAAGACUCGAUCCAUCGUUCUAAAAGUUCUUCAGUAGCCAAUUAUAUGUGUAAUAAAACUGAUUCUCCUCACUCCAACAAUUUACAGAUAAAACAAAAGAAAACGCUGAAAUCUUUGAAAAUUAAACGCGCUCAGAGCCCUGAUUCCACGUCUGGUGGCAACUAAGCCAGAUUGGCGAUCUGGCUCAAUUUGGCCUUAAUGAAUGAAUUUUUGUCUACAAUGAAAAUUUAGUUUUGGCAAUUUCCUGUAUAUGCCAUUUUGCUUUAUUUAACAAUAAUUUUUCCGUUAUUUUUUAUUGUAUUUUCAUUCGAACCUAAUGUUUGAAUAUGAGGUAUAGUAUCGAAUAUUUGCUACGCUGUCACUAUUCGGGUUUACCGUCGCCGAUCUAUUUUAUCGCAACGAUUAGUAAGAAGAUUACUUACAGGGUUUACCUGAUGUUUCACUAGUUCGGUGUAAGGGUUGAUUGGCUACCCUGUUCUGACUUAUUUUAUUCUUCCGUAUUAAUUUUCGUGUUUUUUUCUCUGUUGUGGUUAUCGCUUUAAAUGCCGUUGUCAGUGGAAUUUAUCGCCAUUUUUCCAGGUUACAACGCUUUCCGUCGAAUUUUUCGGAUGUUUGCUUGAGAGUAAAAUGGUUUCGUUAAUGUUGUCAUUGGUAAAUAACGAUUAUUUACAUAUAAAUUUAUUCCUUACAUUUUCUGCGAGUGAGGUUUGCUAUGUAGUCAGUUUCUCUAGUGAACGUGCGUUGACCAAGGUUUUGUAAAACAAGGUGGGAAAUGAACUACAUUUAUUGUGCGUGUCAAAGCAUAAAUUAAGCAUUAUAGGAGUUCUGCUUGUCUGAAAGAUCCGUUUGGUUAGAAUUAGCGAGUACUCUUCUUGUAUGAUUCGCAGCGAUUAAUUUGCUAGAACAAUAAAAUGAUUGUUACAAGA